CACGGAGCGCGCGGGUCGGCCAAGAGUCCCCGGAGUGCGGACGCGCGGGCCGGCCAGUCCUGCACCGCGUCGCACUGACCCGACAGGUCGCGAUGGCAGAGGUUCUCAAAGGCACCGUGACCGACUUCCCUGGAUUUGAUGAGCGGGCUGAUGCCGAAACUCUUCGGAAAGCCAUGAAAGGCCUGGGCACUGAUGAGGACAGCAUUCUGACCCUGUUGACAUCUCGAAGUAACGCUCAGCGCCAGGAAAUCACUGGGGCUUUCAAAACACUAUUUGGCAGGGAUCUCCUGGAUGACCUGAAAUCCGAACUGACUGGAAAAUUCGAGAAGUUAAUUGUGGCUCUAAUGAAACCUUCUCGGCUGUAUGAUGCCUACGAACUGAAGCACGCUCUGAAGGGAGCUGGAACAGAUGAAAAAGUACUGACAGAAAUCAUUGCUUCAAGGACACCUGAAGAAUUAAGAGCCAUAAAAGAAGUUUAUGAAGAAGAAUACGGCUCCAGCCUGGAAGACGACGUGGUGGGGGAUACUUCUGGAUACUACCAGAGGAUGUUGGUGGUUCUCCUUCAGGCUAACAGAGACCCCGAUGCUAGAAUUAAUGAAGCUCAAGUUGAGCAAGAUGCUCAGGCUUUGUUUCAGGCUGGAGAACUUAAAUGGGGGACAGAUGAAGAGAAGUUUAUCACCAUCUUUGGAACACGAAGUGUGUCUCAUUUGCGAAAGGUGUUUGACAAAUACAUGACUAUAUCGGGGUUUCAAAUUGAGGAAACCAUUGACCGGGAGACUUCUGGUAACCUGGAGCAACUGCUUCUUGCUGUUGUGAAAUCCAUCCGAAGUAUUCCUGCCUACCUUGCAGAAACUCUGUACUAUGCCAUGAAGGGAGCUGGAACAGAUGAUCAUACCCUCAUCAGAAUCCUGGUGUCCAGGAGUGAGAUUGACCUGUUUAACAUUAGGAAGGAAUUCAGGAAGAAUUUUGCCACCUCUCUUUAUUCCAUGAUUAAGGGUGACACAUCUGGGGACUAUAAGAAAGCCCUCCUGCUGCUCUGUGGAGGGGAAGAUGACUAACGGGCCACCAGCAGAGAGAUCCCAGCGCCUGCCUGCUGCCGCCUGCCACUGUCCUCCCAGCGCACCUCGCCGCACUUGUUAGCUGCCAGUGCUUGACACAUUGCCUUACUUGUACUAGCGUGCUAGCGACCAAAACGCACGGCACGGAGAAAAUAGCGGUGCUCCCUUCUGAUCUUUGGUGGAGGUCUUUGCCUUUCACUGUGGUAGUACUGAAGUGCACUUACGUUGCUAACUCUAAUGCCUAGGUCUUUUAUAUUUUCCUUUAAGAGGUUAGAUUGCUUUUAGCCUCUUUUAAAAACUUCAUUUAUAUUAAAUUGACAGCCAUAUUACCUUAAUCAGAACCAUAGCCUUGGAAUUAUAAAUGCCUGGAAGUGUUGUUAAUCAAGGUAGCUAUGAAAUUAAACCUGCAACAUUAUGCUAGUUAUAUUCAAAGGAUUAAUGAAAAAUAAAUCUUUCCCCCUGUA